CAGAUCAGUACACAAAGGCCGCCGCUUCUGGAGGAAGGGCUGCUUUGCACGCACCUGUGAGUACCAGGGCACCAGCCCUCCAGCCUCCUCUCCUUACUAGCCCAGCCCCCACCCCUGCUCCCAAUAUCCCGGGAAGAGGACGCUGGGCUCUGAUCCCAAGACACCCAGGGUUCAGAUGUGGAAACUAAGGCCCAGAGAAAAAGUCUGACUUGCCAUACAGCCAGUGAGGGACUGAAGCAGGACCAGAACCCGGUCUGUUUCCUGUUCGGUUCUGAUUCCACUGUGGCUUGCAAUCUUGGCCAUGGUGGCUUUGUCAAUGGUCCUUGUUUUCCUGCUGGCUCUGAGCCGAGGUGAGAGUGAAUUGGAUGCCAAGAUCUCAUCCCCAGAGAAGGUCACAGAACGGGGGGAUCCUGAUCUGUCCCUGCCGGGGUCCUGCCAGCCGGCCCCCACCUGCCAGAAAUGCAUCCUCUCACACCCAAGCUGUGCCUGGUGCAAGCAACUGAACUUCACCGCGUCGGGGGUGGCGGAGGCGCGGCGCUGCGGCCAGCGACAGGAGCUGCUGGCCCAGGGCUGCCCCCCGGGGGAGCUGGAGGAGCCCCGCGGCUGGCAGGAGGUGCUGCAGGACCAGCCGCUCGGCCAGGGCGAUCGCGGCGAGGGGGCGACCCAGCUGGCGCCGCAAAAGGUCCGGGUCACGCUGCGGCCGGGGGAGCCCCAGCAGCUCCGGGUGCGCUUCCUCCGGGCAGAGGGCUACCCCGUCGACCUGUACUACCUUAUGGACCUGAGCUACUCCAUGAAGGACGACCUGGAGCGCGUGCGCCAGCUCGGACAAGACCUGCUGGCGCGGCUGCAGGAGGUCACCCACUCAGUGCGCAUCGGCUUUGGCUCCUUCGUGGACAAAACGGUGCUGCCCUUUGUGAGCACAGUGCCCUCCAAACUUAUCCACCCCUGCCCUACCCGGCUGGAGCGCUGCCAGCCUCCCUUCAGCUUUCGCCACGUGCUGUCCCUGACCUCGGAUGCUAAGGCCUUCGAGCGGGAGGUGGGACGCCAGAGCGUGUCUGGCAACCUGGACUCGCCUGAAGGUGGCUUUGAUGCCAUUCUGCAGGCUGCGCUCUGCCAGGAGCAGAUUGGCUGGAGAAAUGUGUCCCGACUGCUGGUGUUCACUUCAGAUGACACAUUCCACACAGCUGGGGAUGGGAAGUUGGGUGGCAUUUUCAUGCCCAGCGACGGGCACUGCCACUUGGACAGUAAUGGCCUCUACAGUCGAAGCCCAGAGUUUGACUACCCCUCUGUGGGUCAGGUAGCCCAGGCCCUCUCUGCAGCAAACAUCCAGCCCAUCUUUGCCGUCACCAGUGCCACACUGCCUGUCUACCAGGAGCUGAGUAAGCUGAUUCCUAAGUCCGCAGUUGGGGAGUUGAGUGAGGACUCCAGCAACGUGGUACAGCUCAUCAUGGACGCCUAUAAUAGCCUAUCAUCCACUGUGACCCUCGAACACUCUCCACUCCCUCCUGGGGUCCACAUCUCUUAUGAAUCUCAGUGUGGGGGUCCUGAGGAGAGGGAGCGUGAGGCUGGGGACCGGGGCCAGUGCAACGAGGUCCGAAUCAACCAGACGGUGAAUUUUUUGGUUACUAUCCAAGCUACUCACUGCCUCUCAGAGCCCCAUCUUCUGAGGCUCCGAGCCCUUGGCUUCUCAGAGGAGCUGACCGUGGAGUUGCACACACUAUGUGACUGUAACUGCGGUGACACCCAGCCCCGGGCUCCCCACUGCAGUGAUGGCCAGGGGCUGCUGCAAUGUGGGGUGUGCAGAUGUAACUCUGGCCGUCUGGGUCGACUCUGUGAAUGCUCUGAGGCUGAACUGUCCUCCCCAGAUCUGGAAUCUGGGUGCCGGGCCCCCAACGGGACAGGGCCCUUGUGCAGCGGGAAGGGACGGUGUCAGUGUGGACGCUGCAGCUGCAGUGGACAGAGCUCCGGGCCCCUGUGCGAGUGUGAUGAUGCCAGCUGUGAACGACAUGAGGGCAUCCUCUGUGGAGGCUUUGGCCGCUGCCUUUGUGGAACGUGUCACUGUCAUGCCAAUCGCACGGGCAGAGCGUGUGAGUGCAGUGGGGACACGGACAGCUGUGUCAGUCCUGAGGGAAUGCUCUGCAGUGGGCAUGGACGCUGCACGUGCAACCGUUGCCAGUGCCUGGAUGGCUACUACGGUGCCCUGUGUGAGCAGUGCCCAGGCUGCAAGACGUCAUGCGAGAGACACAGGGACUGUGCAGAGUGUGGGGCCUUUGGGACCGGUCCCCUGGCUACCAAUUGCAGUAUCGCUUGUGCUGAUGCCAACGUGACCCUGGUUUUGGACCCUAUCCCGGAUGAUGGCUGGUGCAAAGAGAGGACGUUGGACAACCAGCUGUUCUUCUUCCUGGUGGAGGAGGAAGCCAGAGGCAGGGUCAUACUGAGAGUGAGAGCCCAAGAGAGAGUAAAUCACACCCUGGCCAUCGUGCUGGGCUGCGUGGGGGGCAUCGUGGCAGUGGGACUGGGGCUGGUCCUGGCUUACCGGCUUUCUGUGGAAAUCUAUGAUCGCCAAGAAUAUAACCGCUUUGAGAAGGAGCGGCAGCAGCUCAACUGGAAGCAGGACAGCAAUCCUCUCUACAGAAGUGCCAUCACGACCACGGUCAAUCCCCGCUUUCAGGAGGCAAGGAGUCCCUUUCUCUGAAGGGGGAAGAGGCACACUCAUCCCAGGACUCUUCCUUUUCUCAACAGCCCGGUAGGGCACUGCUGAGGAAUGGUCAGCACCUACUUCCUUCUCAGAGUGACAGUCAAGGGGGGCCUCCCACUGCAACCUUGCUUCCCUACCUCACAAGGAGCGUGGGCUUAGUUCCCCCACUCCCUGUAUACAAUAAAGAGUCUGACCUCAGA